CGCGGACGCAAGUUGACUCGUUGCACUGACAGUUGCAAGGAAGAUCAAGCACUACGAGUUGUCUUCACUGCUUGCCUUAUCGCCCUAGCCUCCGCCGCGCCCUGUCUGCUAUGGGCCUUAAAUUGCUGGUGGUGGGCGGCCUGUAGACGGUUUUUGAGCCUCGGCGUGGCCAGAAGUGGGCGUUGUGAGGAGGGGCGGAUCGCAGAGAGGCCACGCCCCGCGCACUUCGAGAGCGCGGAUUGGCCGGCGCGGGCGAGGCAGCGGGGCCGGCCGGGUCGGCGAUGGGCCGCCAGCCAGUUGUUGGUCUCCAGCUGGCGCGUCAACACGGGACCGUGAACACGAGGAUGAUGAUGUUGUCAGUGGUGUGGUGUGAGGUAGAUAGUGUAGUGAUCAGUGGUCAGGUGUAGAGCCAUGUGGCGGCUCCUGUGUGCGCCACCGAGCCUUGGGUCCGAGUAGGCGGGCCGCACCAGUACGCUGGACAUGUGCCCUGGGUGGUGGGUGGGUCGCGGCUGCCUCCUCGGAGUCCUUCUGCUGCUGCUGCUGCUCCUGGCGGGCGGCGCGCCAGCCCCCGCCGCCCCCAGCACCACGCCCGGGGCUUCAGGGGCGCCGCCGUUCCGCUCCAAAGCGCCGCCGCAGCACCAGCAGCAUUCCGCCGGCGGGGCCCCCUGGGUCCCCCGGGCGCGCCGCCCCCCUUCGACCUCCGCCGAACCCGAGAGAGUGACCCCCGCGGCGCCAGCGCCGCCGCCGCCGCCGUUCCCCGGCACCCAGGUCCUGCCCCCGCUCGAGCCCAGCCCGACGGCACCGCCCGGGGUGACCGCCUCGGACGAGAGUCUCAUGGUUCGGAAUACCCGCAGCACAGCCUCCAAUAAUACCAAGAAUUUUAGACAACACCACAAGUACCGGCAGCAGCUGUACAACGAUAACGCUCGGUGCGUCCUCAAACUGUGCACGAACGGCACCGUCCAGGCCACCAGCAACCUCUCCGACCCUCACACGCUGCUCCACCUGCGGCCCAUCGACGGCGGCGGCUUCAUCGAGAUCAGCAGCGAAGCGACGGGACUCUUCCUCUGCAUGAACAAGCGAGGCAACCUCUACGCCAGCUGUAACAGGAGCUCGGAGUGUGAGUUCAUGAAGACCAUCGAGGACAACUUCUACGACACGCUCCAGAGCCGCCAGUUCCUCGGGCGCUACAUCGCGAUCGCCGUGAACGGGCGCAUCAAGCGGGCGCGGCGCUUGCGCGGGUCGCUCGGCAAGGAGCACUACUUCCUGCCCCGCAAUGUCGAGCUGGAGAAGGUGCGCCGGAUCAUCCAGCAGUACCAGCAGGCCCUGGGCCCCACGCCCUCCCAGCGCUGCGACGGCCAUAACGAGUACAACAUGACAGGCGUCAGCGGCAGCAGCCACGACACCCGAGGGCGCGGCUCCAGCGCCCCUCCUGCAGGCACGACUCGCCCCGCGUCGCCGCCGGGCACCACGACGACGACGACGGCGAAACCGAAGGCGCCGCACAGAUGUAGCAGGAUUGACGCGCGUAGAAAACGAUGUAGAGAACGGCGCCGGAAGCGCUGUAAGACUAAAAGGUGUCGAGACAGAAGAAAAAAGCGAAAAAAGGGCAGUAAGAAAGAGAGGGGCAGCGGCAGAAGAAGGUCGCGGGAGCGGGCGGGCGAGAGCGACCCGACGACGGAGUCCCCCGCCGUCGAGACGGAGGCGCCGCCAGAAGCGGAGAGGCAGGAGGAGCGGGCGAGGGCCGUGUCGAGCCGACCGAGGCACCGCCACGGCGCCAACGCAAGCCGGACACACCAAAGAGCGCCCCGCCGCCGAAAGCCGUCCCCAGUCGCCAGACGCCUCCGCCACUACCGCCUCUCCACGCCCUCGCCCUCCUCCCCCGUCUCCCUCAGUCCCCUAUCUGCUCACAAGCCAACUAGAAGUCCUGCUCAGCCCUGGGUGGUCACCCUCACGCCCUCCCACUCGCAGCCCUUUCCCACGGCGCCCUCGUCCGCCCCCGCGCACCACGUCCGCCACGCCCACAGUGGACGGCGGCGGCGGCCACGGGGGCCGCUCACCCCUCCCACCUCAACUACUGCUUAGUGUAUAUACUUCUGCUAUACCAUUCUUCAUGUAUAUAAUCGUAAAUAAUAUCUGUAAAUACAUAGAAUACCAACGUAUGAAAAAGGUCCAUCAGAAGGGGACUUAAUUUAUUUGAUCUUAUUUAUUGUUCGUUAAAAAAAUUCCCCCUGGAAUCAAAGGUCCACCAACAAUGUAUGCGCUUGUCAAUCUUAGUCAGUGUGUGAGAACUGGAGGGAAGUGUGAGAUACACGUCAAGUGCUGGCUGCCGUCGACGCAGCCAAGAGAUGGUGCUACCUAAUCCUACCAUGUGCCAUACACUCGUCCUACUGCAACUUAAGUACUUUAUCAGUGGAGAUGUCAUUUACCAUAUGUAAUGCAACAUAUCAGUGUCCUAGGUCAGUUAUUAUGUGACUCCGUGUUGAACUAACAAGUUAGUUUGGAAGGAAAGUGUGCCAUAAUGGAAACCACUCGAGUUAGGACUUGAAACGUGUUGCCAUAUACAAGCAGUUGUCAUUACGUGGCUAUAGACUUUCGUGGUGUCCCACGUCUGAAUUAUGAAGACUAUUUAUGUGAAUGUCUUCAACAUAAAGGACACGUUUGUCUCCGUUCGUAAUGGAGACUAUUUAGUCAACCAGUUAAUAAGAAGUAUUGGUCGUCAUCGGUGUUGCAGCUCUUUGGGUCUCUACUUCGUGUGGUUAGUGUGCAGUGGCGGUCCUCUGGGUAUAAAAUGAGCAAGCCUUUUCAAUGGAAUUAUUAGUGAUGUUUAAAAUAAUGACAAAAAUAGAUUCGUUCAAAAUUAAAGUAAUUAGUGAAGCUCAUUGGUCACUACUUUAACUCCCAUGUUGCAAAGGGGGUACCGCCACUGUGAUAGAAAGACCUUAGAUGCCGUGUCUUCUUUAAGAGCCAGAAACACAUUAUUUGCAAGAUGCAUGACUUGUCACAGCCAUGGUGCUGAUGACCAGUCCGUCUGGUCAGAGACUAUUUGUACUAUCAUUAGCACAGGUAGUCAGGAAAAGAUUGAAUGCUGGUCUCUAGUACAAUGAUCCUUUGACAGUUUGCAACAGCGGAUAUACAAGAACUGCAAACUCAAGUGUUCAUGUCUACAAGAGUGCAAUGUAUACCUUCACUCGUCUACAGCAAGUACAGAGUGUCCCAGCAACGACCGCAAUGGCUCUGAUCGAAGACCUGCUACUCCGACAAGACCAAGCCUCCUUGUAUCUUCUGUUGCUCACAGUACAGCACUGCAGAGUAGCCCUCGUGCUACUUUUGUCCAGGGCUGUGUGGUCUGGAGGCUAUUUUGCUCACUUGGCAUUUGUACCACGCCUGAUGAGGCCGCUCAACCCAGGCACGGCGGCUGCUGCUCUUCGGGAUGCCAUAUUUCAGGCGUCGAAUAUUUGGGGCUUCAAAUACUGAGCGUCGCGGGCAGGGCCGGACGCUGAUCGCAGACGAGAAGCAGACUUGUGGUGCGGUCCGUUGCAGGCGAUGUAACGAACCAGCGCCCCUUAGAACCCAAGAACCGCGUCAGCCACCUCUGCCCGCACGCCCCAAACAGCGCCCAGGUGCUGGUGUUGUCACUCACGGGCAGAGAGGGAUCCAGUACUCUCUUCUACCCGUAUCCACCUGGGCUGACCCUCCUCCAGUCUAGUCACAUAUGUCUCUUGAGGGUCAGCCUGGCUCACAGAACGUCAGCUGCCUCCCUUGCCUCUCUGCCUCAUUUACCAGCUAAUUAGCAUAAGAACAAAUUAUUCCGUUAUAUGUAAUUCAUAUACUUUAUGAUGUUCUAAAUUUUUUGUACUGAAUAUGUAAAAUUUUUAGCAUGAUUUGUAAUCAUCUUGCUGAAGUUGCACUUUUAAUACACAUACUGUACUUUUUCUCUUCUCAAAAGUGUUCACUGCUGUCCCAGCAGGCCUACAUUAAGCAUCAGUAUUUUUCUUGGGGAACUAACUGCAUUUAGAACAACACAAUGUUGUUCCUUAAAUGUUUUUUUCCAGUUGAACCUAUCAGUAUUUUAAUAGUGGGUCAUUUGUAGCCCAAGUCACCCUACUUUAUUACCCUGAUGCAGGUCCUUGUAUCCUAUUUGCUCUCCUCAACUUCACCCUUGCAAAAGUUCUUACCCAUCUAAAGGCUGAAAAUCCCCUAAAUGUAUUAAAAGGAGUUCAUAGUAUGACUGUCUGGGAGUUUCUUUAUUACUUGAACAUUACAUUGCAUCACUGUUCCAUAUUCACUUAGACUCACUGCUGUGUCAACACUUCUCAAGUGACUGGUCAACAGUACACUUUUGUUAGUGGUUUAACAUACUUUUAUUAAUUCUUUAACAAACUUACCAAUGUCGUAAUAAAGCAAUGUUUAAUAUAUCACACAUGUCUAACCCCAUCAUUAGCAACACACAUUGUGUAUGUGAAAGAUAGAUAUCAGAAUUAAAAGUUGACUCUGGUUGAAAAUGCAUGACUGUUUCUCACUCCUAAUGAAGCCAUUGCAUGAAACACUGUAUACAUGGAGGUUCUUACGUCACAGUUACUGCAUAUACAACAUCAGAAUUCAUUAACAGAACUACACCUCUUUAUUGCAUAAGUCCAAUUCCAAUUAUAUUAAUUUCAUUAUUCUUUUUUAGGAAACACUGACAUAGAGAAAUUUCAUUUAUUAUAUACAAAACAACUGCUCUAACAUGUAGGAGGCCCCCUGUAAAUUCACCAGUGAAAAUUGGAAGAAAGGAGAAACAGAAAAUUAUACAACACAUACAAUAUACUCAUAUACACAUACUUUUCAUCACUCAUACAAUUAAUUCAUAUUCAUCCCAUUGCAUCUAAUAUUAACAGCAUGCACUUUCAUCUCCAUUCUUUAUAAUUUCUCAACCUCUAUAUUAUCACUUAAGCCAAAUAUUUUUUUUCUUAAUAUAAGAAGCAAAGUUCUUUAGGCAAGAUGGUAUUGUAAUGGUAACAAGCAGGCAGUCUGGCAAGGGAAGUGUUGAGCCUCUCAAGUUAGUAUUAUUGUGCACUCAAACAAACAGGUCUAGUUUAUUGUAAUUCAUAAAAUCUCAGUAGGAGGAAUUUGCUAAUAUCCAAAGUUUUGAAAGUAGAGAAAUCAACAAUUGCUUUAUUUUUUUUAUAUAU